AUGCCUGGCCACAGCAUCUUCCUCCUCGACGAGCUCAUCGGCGUGGCGUCGGGUGGGAGGCCGGUGUCUCUCCAAAAGCUGCACGUCAGUCAACCCUCGAACUUCAAGGCUCCCACGAAGGCCCCUGCCGCGACCGUCAAGCAGUCGGCGCCGCCAGGUGGCGCGCCAGUCGCCGCCGGCGGAGGUGGCGGCGCGCUGCCUGCGACCAAACUGCUCUACCAGGCGGACACGUACCUCUUCACGGCCGAGGCGACUGUGCUGGAGGUGGGCGAGAAGGCGGGCGGCGGCGGGUGGGCCGUAGUGCUGGAUGAAACCUGCUUCCACGCGCAGGGCGGCGGGCAGCCGGCCGACACGGGUACGCUCACCCGGGCCGGCGGCGGCGCCGCGUGGGCCGUGCGCAUGGUCAAGAAGGACGGCGAGGGCGUCGUGAGGCACGACGGCGAGCCAGGCGGUCCAGCGCCCGACUUUGGAGCAGGAGACACUGUGUCGCUGGCGGUGGACGAGCCGCCGAGGAGGCGCCGCGCGUACGUCGAGUACGAGGGCAAGCUCGAGGCGAGCGAGCGAGAGGCGCUGCUGCCGAAGCUGCAGGCGGCCGACCGGCCAUCCACACACCGCCGCUUCCCGGAAGGCGCCGUCAAGGUCGAGGCCGUCAAGGGGAAGGGCAAGGUGACGCGGAUUUCGUACACCGUGCUCGAUGGGUAA